AUGAGGGUGUUACAAAAUCUACUAGUGACUCUACUCAGUACUUAUGUUUUAGCUACGUUGGCUCAAGAAACAACUCAGGAUGGUUUCGAUGCUAGGAAGCCUUACAUUGUGUACAUGGGAGAACUCCCAGGAGCUGAAACUUCCGCCAUGGCCAGACACCAUAACCUGCUAGUGCAAGCAAUCGGAGAUGAAAAAAUAGCCAGAGCAUCAAGAAUUCAUAGCUAUGGAAGGACCUUCAAUGGGUUCGCGGCAAGAUUGUUGCCACAUGAAGCAAAGGCACUAGCAGAGGACGAUAGUGUUGUAUCAGUGUUUCCAAACACUAUGCGUCAACUACAUACAACAAGGUCAUGGGAUUUCCUAGAUCUGCCAAUAAAAUUAAAGAAAGGGAACGCUCAAAUACAGAGCAAUAUCGUAGUGGGUGUUUUGGAUACAGGAAUUUACUUGGAUGGUCCCAGUUUCAAUGAUACAGGUUAUGGGCCUCCCCCAUCUAAAUGGAAAGGCAAAUGUGUCAAGGGUGACAACUUCAAAGGCUGCAACAACAAGGUAAUUGGUGCCAAAUAUUUUAAUCUGGACUCCAACCAUCCUUGGUCAGGCAAAUUAAGUCCAGUCGACGAUGAAGGCCAUGGCACUCACACUGCCUCCACCAUUGCUGGUAUACCCGUCCAAGGAGCCAGUGUAUAUGGCAUUGCGAAAGGGACUGCACGAGGUGGUGCGCCCCUGUCGCGUAUUGCUGUGUACAAAGUGUGCUGGCCCUUUACUGGCUGCAGUGACAUCGAUAUGCUGGCCGCGUUCGAUGAAGCCAUUGCUGAUGGAGUGGACUUGAUAUCCAUCUCCAUAGGCGGUCCCUCGAGGAGUUUCUGGGAAGAUCCUAUUGCCAUUGGAUCAUUUCAUGCCAUGAAAAAAGGGAUUUUUGUUUCAUGCUCAGCUGGGAAUGAUGGGCCUAGUGAAGGCACUGUCCAGAAUGUAGCACCAUGGGUUACCACAGUGGCUGCUAAUACAAUUGAUAGGGAGCUAAAGACAGUAAUCAAGUUGGGUAAUGGGAAGAGAUUUUCUGGGAAUGCACUCAAUACCUACACAUUAAAGAAACAAAUGUACCCUCUUACAAGUGGAACGCUGGCAUCCAACAAGAGUGAAAACAGCUAUGGAAAUGCAAGUGCUUGUGAUAGUUCUACUUUAAACGCGGACAAGGUGAAGGGAAGGAUUGUGUACUGCCUAGGGUCUAGUGGCCAGGAUUUCACCAUCCAAAGGUUGCGGGGUGCCGGAACUCUCAUGACACAAUAUGAAUUGGAAGAUUACGCCUAUUCUCCGGUGAUCCCCGGUACCGGUAUCCUUGUCAAGGAUGGGAUCAAGAUUGAUCAGUAUAUUAACUCUACCAAGAACCCUAUGGCUGUCAUAUACAAAACAAGAACCGUCAAAACUCCAGACGCCCCCAACAUUGCUUCUUUCUCAGCCAGAGGACCUCAACGGAUAACCCCCAAUAUCCUCAAGCCUGAUAUUUCAGCACCAGGGAUAAACAUAUUAGCGGCGUAUUCACGUCUGGCAUCCAUAUCUGGUGACCCAGAAGACAAGCGGUUCAGUUUGUUCAAUAUGAUGUCUGGUACAUCCAUGGCUUGCCCUCAUGUAACCGCUGCCGCCGCUUAUGUCAAGUCCUUCCACCCAGACUGGUCACCCGCUGCCAUCAAGUCCGCUCUCAUGACAACCGCCACGCCAAUUAAUACCCGAGUUGGAGGCAGCACACUAGGAACAGGGGCAGGACAAGUAGACCCGAAAAAGGCAGCGCAUCCCGGGCUCAUCUAUGACAUCACAGUGGACGACUAUAUCAGCUUCUUGUGCAAGCAAGGCUACAACAGCACCAACAUUGGCAUACUUGGAGGAAAAAAGAACGUUAGCUGCUCUGACUAUAAGCCUCCUCGAGGCACAGACGGCCUCAACUAUCCAAGCAUGCAUUUACAUCAACAAGCAAAUGACACUCCAGUUAAAGCUGUCUUCUAUAGAAGAGUAACGAACGUAGGGUAUGGUAGCUCAGUGUACAAAGUAAAUCUGAUUAUGCCAAAGUUCUUUUCUAUAACAGUCACACCAAGUACCUUGAAAUUCACUCGGUCGCAUCAGAAGAGGUCUUUUAAGGUUGUGGUGAGUGGUGGCACACCAACUGCUGGGGUGCCUGUGUCUGCUGUACUUGAGUGGGGUGAUCAUAAACACAGUGUUAGGAGCCUGAUCACACUGUACAAGGAUCCCAGUUAG